GAUGGCGAGGUUGAUGCGCUGGAAUAGCCAAGCGCCCUCACCAGUUACCUCUGCAAGGCGAGUUGCCAGGGAAGACAGGAAUCUCGCAGUUAGUGGUCUGACCCCACCAAAAGUCUUGAACGCCAUAGGAUGGAAAAUGUAGUUGGCCGACAGAUAGCGGUAUUUCUGGAUUUUGUUCCGCUCGUAGAGGAGUAGAAUUCCACCGAGAAAUCAAUCUCAGUUAUAAAUCAAAAUUAAAUUUGAUCGGUGUGUUCUUAAUUAUGUAUCUAACUUAGACUGCAUCCGCCAUUGCAGAAGAAAACAAAUUACUUUUUAGAAGUUGAAAGUAAAUUUUGAACAUAAACUUAUCAGAGUUUACAAAUUGGUGACGCGAAAAUUGAAACAGAAUUGCGAAAAUAAGAAAGUCAAUUUGUUGAGAACGAAUCGUCGAAAGUCUGGCUCUACACCGUCAGUAACUAAGAUGCACAUUAAACGGUGCAUUCUUAAUUAUGUACAGCUGUAAAAUUUUAUCCACCUUUGACGCAGACAGUCCCAUUUCGUUACUUCGAAAAACAUUUCGUAAAUUUAAUUCGUCUAUGUAAUUUUUAUAUACCUAUAUAUACCUAUAUUCAUUGUCCACUUAUUUAUUUCAAAUAUAUCCAAUUUUUUAAACUUAAAAUUCAUCUCUCAAUCUUGACUUAACAAUUUUUCUUCGAUGUUUUGAAAAAAAGAAACAUAAAAAUGACAAUAUUUCAGUGAUUUGGUAAACAAAACAAUUCUAACGUUCACUUAAAAAGAAAUCUGAAAGAAUAUUUCUAAAUAUUUCUAAAUCAUUUAUACCACAGCUAUUGACCUUGCGAACCCGUCUGUUCAGUAACUUCUAAAUUAAAAACGAAAUAACCAAAGUAGUUCAGAUCUUCGAAUCGUCAACGGUUGUUAGCCACGCUAUGAUCUAAAAGUUUCCAGACUUCCACUAAUAUUCAAACUAUUUAGAUCAUCAAUUCUAUUCGCAAUUAAAAACAAUAACAACUAAAAAUACAAAUCACACAACAGAAGAACUAAAUAUCCCUCACCAUGCUCCACAAUAUCGGUUCUACUGAUGCUUUACUCAGUAGAGUUUCACAACAACUCAAUCAGAACAGAAAGUCUACCAAGAGCAAUGAUGAUCUGCAGAACUAUUUAAAUUCCCUGAAGAAACAAACCAAAGGUGGUUCUGUAACAUUCAAAGACAUCAGUGAUAUUUCUUUCUCCAGUGAAGACACAAGCAUUGAUAUCUCUGACUCAAGUAAGCAGGAUGUUCAGGAGAAAUUUUUUAAAAAGGACUUAAAUUUUCGAAACAAUUCAUUUAUAAAACCAUCACCUAAUCUGUCCAUUAUGAAACGGAGUCAAACUGAUGAGCUGUUGAAUUCGAAAUCUUUUGAUUCAGAAAUUGGUAACCUCACACCUUCAUUUCAAAAAGCGAAAAGCUCAGCACAGACUUCAAGUGCAUUGGAGAGAGCUUCUAAACUGUUUGCCAAGUUUGGAAAAAAAUCUUCUGAUGUCGGUAGAUCAUCUGGAGUGAAGUCACAUAAAAAUGAUAAUGAAAGCAGCUCUGGGAAAUUACAGAAUGACAGAAAGAACUACAGUCAUGAUCUUGACAAAUCUACAUCAGAUGACAAUAUUGGUAAAAGUGGUCGACGUUUUCUUAAGCCACAGUUAUCUAAAGAAUCACACAGUGGUGUUCUGUCAGCUGUCACAGACAAAGAAUCGGAGAAAAAAUCUGAAUUAAAAACAGAAAGUGUCAAAGAAGUCUCGCAUAGUUACUCUGGUGUGACAUCAGGUGAUGAAAGUCUGGCAGAGUUUAUUGGUAAACUUGAAUCUCCAAGUGAAGCGACUCAUGAAGAUAUCCCAAAGGAACUUAAGCAGAAUAAAGAUUUUCCAUCCACAAAUAAAUCUUUGCCACACAAGCCACACUUCUCCCUUUUACGUGUGCGGAGUCCUUCACCAUCUCGUAAGAUUUCCACCUCACGUACACCCUCACCAGGUGUCAAGUCUUCCAUUGAAGAUAAGACGGUUGCAGAGUCUUUAACUGCAGAGACAAUACCAGAAGAAGAAGAUGAAGCUGAUAUAGAAGAAGUUCUCUCAGAAAGCAAUAAACAGGAGGACGAGGUGGACUUGAGCGAAGAUCUUUCAAGAAUGAACAUCUUCAACAUUGAUGAUUUGGAACUUGCCAGUGCUGCAGCCAUUUCCUCAGAGAAAGAAGAAAGUGAAACUGAAACAGAGGAACAGGAUGUACAGCAGACAUCGAAGAAACCAAAGAAAAACCUGUUAACAAGCAAGAAAGUAUCAGAUGUAUCAGUCAGUGAAGAUAUUCCUGAGAGAGGAAAUGCAGCCAAUAUUUUCUCCUCAUUUGGAGUUCAUAGCAUUGAAGAACUCAUACCAAGGAACCAUUCAGCUUUAAGUAAUCAUCAGACUGUAAGUUUUGAAGGUGCAUCUAUUGUCAAGACUGCAUCACAUCUAGAGGAGUCCAUUGCAGAAUCAGUGCCUGAAGAUUCUAUUGUGUCUGAUGUACCAUUAGGCAGGAAGCGAACACCUUCUGUGGCAGUGUUGGAAACCUAUUCUGAAGACUUUACUACUCUGAGUAAUUCUAAAUCUGAAUCUGCAGAGUACACUGAGGACUUCCAUACUCUUUCUGCUUCUAAAACAGUCGACAAGGUGACCAAUACCUCCACUAUUUUUGUAACAGAGUCGAAAGUAUCAAAGAAAAAACGACACAAAACACAUAAAAAGGGGAGCAGUGUUGCGACACAAACCCAAGAAUCAGAUUUCAAGCCUUGUUUAGAAUGUCUUUACAAGAACCAAGACUGGAAGGGUCGACCUUUACAUGAGGGUGGCAGAACCAAAAUUCCACCUCCCAAGACAGGCUAUUAUCCUUGUGGGCUCCAUUCUGUCAUAAACCAGAAUGUCUACAACCCCAACUUACAGGUUGUCCAGGAUAUGAUGAGGCAGCAAGUAGAAUUUACACAGCAGUUCUGCGAAUCACAGAAAUACCUUUACCAUACUCUCACAGACAGUAUUCAACCAUCCUAUGUAUACACUACACUGAAAGACACCAAAGAGUACAUCAGAAAACAUCGGAAACCAAAGCUAACUUUGAAGAAAGCCUUAAAACUGGUUGAAUUAGAAGCACGGCUUCAGUAAUUAAGUACAUCCAUGUUAUUGGUCAGUACACAGUUUAUCCGUCCACUCUCACCAGUGUCCACUUUGGCUCAACCUCUGUCCUCUUUGUGGUUACUGUUGCUGUUAUCAUUGUUGUUCUCAGGAUUUUUAUUUCAAAGACACCACAUGGUUAUGAAUGAAAAAAGAAUAAAAGAAAAGAAGGAAAGAAAAAUUUAAGAAAUUACA